AUGGAUGAAAAUACACAAAGCUUCUUGUCCUCUUCAGAAACACCUCCGUUGAAACCCAAAUAUUUGAAUAUAGCUAACUCGAAAAACUUAAAUCUUUCACAUAUUUUAAGCAAAAAUUUUAAUGAUGAGGAUUUAUGCAAGAGUUCAACUGGAUCUACUAUAAAAUCUCACAAAAGAAAAGGUGCUGUUGAAAUUACACCUUUGGGUAUAAAGCCAACAUAUAAAUGCUAUAUCCCCUUCUGGAUUAGUAAUGACAAUAUAAAGAUAAGUCAUGGAAAACCCAAUUUCCUGUUUUUGAUAUUUAUUAUGAUACUUAUUUUUUAUAAUCAGAAAAUUAGAUUAAAUAUAGCAUAAAUUCAGUCAAUCAAAAAAAGAAAUUCCAAGAAAUGACAGCGUUAAAACAAUUAUUGAUAAGCAAGACAUCUCAGACAAUCUUAACAGUCAAACUUUAAAAUCCUCUAUGAAACCACCAUAUAAAAAUUUUCCUGAAUUGAAAUUAAAAGAACUAUUUGUAAGUUUUACUUAACACCCUUGGCUACUAAACAAAAUUUUUAUAUUAAUAAUGAUUGAUAAAUAUUAAUGAUUAUAAGAUCUCCAGCUUCAUCUAUUAAAUUUUUAAAUAAAUUAAAUUUGAUUAUUUGUUUCAAAUAUAAAAAAAAAAAUCAAACUAACUUAUAGAGCAAAAUGUUUUACUCGCUAAAUAAAGGGGAGUUAGAAAAAAAAAUUUAACGAAAAAUCUCGUUAUGAACAGUUUUUGAAGUCCUCGAGGUCAAAAUUGAAAAUUUCGCCGAGAAAUAAGAAAGGGAAUCUUGAUAAAAUAAUGAAAAAAGACAGCCCUGAAUUGAUAAUGGAAGAAUUAAGAGAAAUAAAAGAGCCUGAAGUGUGGAAUAACGUUAUUAAAAUUUUCAAAGCAAAACCAAAAUUGCUGCUGGAUUUAAUUCCUCUUAAGUAA